GUCUCCAGCCCGGCCUGUGCAGGGGUCGCUGCAGUCUCCGCGGCCGCCCUGGGCUCCCUCCCCUGACGCCCCGGCCUUAUUCCAGUCCCGGGAGCGCCUCGGGGGAAACGCGGGACAGCCAGGGAGGCCGGGGCGGGGACCCCGGGCACCCCAGCUCUCCGAACCCUGGGAGGCGGCCCGGGCUCGGAAAGCCGGAACGCAGGGAAAGGCAAGGACGGGGCGAACCGCGGAGGGGCGGGCGCCGCUCAUCAGUCACGCCAGUCACGUCUGGGGCCACCCGGCUGUCUUUUUCUUCCUUUCCCCUUUUGCUUCUCCCCCCUCCCCACCGUUGGCGAGGGCAAAGUGGCCGUGGAGGCGCCAUGCCCGGGCCGGAGUGAGUGCGCUCGGACGAAAAUGGCGUACAUCCAGGGCAGUUGGAACCGUUAAACGAGGGUUUUCUUUCUAGAAUCUCCGAUCUGCUGCUGUGUAGAUGGACCUGCCGGCACUGCUGUCAGAGUUGCUAUGAAUCCAGCUGUUGCCAGUCGAGUGAGGAUGAAGUUGAAAUUCUGGGACCUUUCCCUGCCCAGACUCCACCCUGGCUGAUGGCCAGUCGGAGCAGUGACAAGGACAGUGACUCUGUCCACACAGCCAGCGAAGUCCCACUGACCCCACGGACCAGCUCCCCAGAUCAGAGGCGCUCAUCCUCAGACACGUCCAAAUCCACGUACAGCCUGACCCGGAGGGUUUCAAGUCUGGAGUCGAGACGACCCAGCUCCCCACUCGUCGAUAUUAAACCCAUUGAGUUCGGCAUUCUCAGCGCCAAGAAGGAGCCCAUCCAGCCUUCGGUGCUGAGACGGACCUACACCCCCGACGACUACUUCAGGAAGUUCGAGCCCCGGCUCUACUCGCUCGAUUCCAGCAGCGACGACGUGGAUGCUCUGACGGACGAGGAGAUCUUAUCCAGGUACCAGCUGGGCAUGCUGCACUUCAGCACCCAGUACGACCUGCUGCACAACCACCUCGCCGUGCGGGUGAUCGAGGCCCGGGACCUGCCGCCCCCCGUCUCCUACGACGGCUCGCGCCAGGACAUGGCGCACUCGAACCCUUACGUGAAGAUCUGCCUCCUGCCGGACCAGAAGAACUCCAAGCAGACGGGCGUCAAGCGCAAGACGCAGAAGCCCGUGUUUGAGGAGCGCUACACCUUCGAGAUCCCCUUCCUGGAGGCCCAGAGGAGGACCCUGCUCCUCACCGUGGUGGAUUUUGAUAAGUUCUCCCGCCACUGCGUCAUCGGGAAAGUGUCCGUGCCUCUGUGCGAGGUCGACCUGGUGAAGGGCGGGCACUGGUGGAAGGCGCUGCUUCCCAGCUCUCAGAAUGAAGUGGAGUUGGGGGAGCUGCUUCUGUCACUGAAUUAUCUCCCAAGUGCUGGGAGACUGAAUGUUGAUGUCAUUCGAGCCAAGCAACUUCUUCAGACAGAUGUGAGCCAAGGUUCAGAUCCCUUUGUGAAAAUCCAGCUAGUACACGGACUCAAGCUUGUGAAGUCCAAGAAGACAUCCUUCUUAAGAGGCACAAUUGAUCCUUUCUACAAUGAAUCCUUCAGCUUCAAAGUUCCCCAAGAAGAGCUGGAAAAUGCCAGCCUAGUGUUUACAGUGUUUGGCCACAACGUGAAGAGCAGCAACGACUUCAUCGGGAGGAUUGUCAUCGGCCAGUACUCCUCAGGCCCCUCCGAAUCCAACCACUGGCGACGGAUGCUCAACACCCACCGCACGGCCGUGGAGCAGUGGCACAGCCUGAGGUCCCGGGCGGAGUGUGACCGCGUGUCUCCUGCGUCACUGGAGGUGACCUGAGGGCCACAGGACAGCGGCUUUCAUUUGUUAAAAAAAAAAAAGAAAAAAAGGAAGACAAUUUAAGACAAAAAAUGACAUCCCUAUGACAUCUACGCCUGUAUACACACUCAGAACAGACCUGCACACGCACGCACACUCCGCAUCUACUCAGAACUGAGAGGAAGCUGACUAUUGAUCACAAAAUGGCCACCUCGAUGAGCCGGGCCUGAGAACUUUCCGGAACCCCCAUCCAUAUGUCACGAGCAGAGUGGGCUCUGCUGUGGGACUUAUUGGCAGUGCUUGCUCUUGUUGAUACCCCUUUACAUUUGCCCCCAAAUGCACUUUCAACCCUCAGGCCAGAGAGAGGCCCUCCUAGGGGGCACCGACUCCCAUCAAGUCUAAAUUUGCCAAGAGUUUGGCCAGCGUGCGGGAGACCUGACCCCCCACUCCCAAAACAUCCCCCCACUGGGGAACUUCUGAACAGGCUUCUGUUCCCUGGGGGCCUUCAAACGCGAAGGUGUAAGUAAGUAUUUUGUCUUCUCUCUAGUGAACGUGAUAGAUAGAUUAGACUACUGGGGGGAAACCAAACAGCAACAAAAAAUAUUCCAGUGUAAGAAAACUCUCCUGGCUUAAAGGAAUUUGUCCUUGUGUUAGCUUAUUCCAGGGAACUCCCUGUGGGCGUGUUUGUGUAUGUUCUCGUGCAUGCGUCCUCAUACGUGAACACGUGUGUACCUAAUUGUGUCCUCCUGGGGAGCCGGGCGGUGGGCUUGGACCCCGACACCAGACACAUCCAUCUCUCUGCCUCUCCCAUCCGGUGAAAUUUCACCCAGUGUCCUCCUGUCUGUCAAAGACCCCUCCUUCAGUAAGAGUAGCGUGUGUGUAUGUCAAGUAAAUAGAAAACGAUACAGUAAAUUGGACAUUUUUGGACUGAAUUAUGGUGAUUGUGACCCACAGAAGACCUGAAAAGGACUUGAUCUCAUGGAAUUAAAAUGGCCAGACCCACCCACCACCCCACCCAGGUGACCUCUUUCCUUACCAUACUCUGGAGGUCUUUCUGUGUCUGUGUGUGAACCAAAGUCAUUUCUCUCGUGCUGAGGACUGAGUGUAGUUAGAAUAGAUCUCUGUCUGUUGGAUGCUUCUGUAUCUUGUUAUCCACUGCAUAUUGUCUGGUGUGAUGGGGAGCUAUUCAUUGAAAUUAAAGAUUAUUUAUUUGUGCCCUGCA